AUGGAUCCUGACCACCAGGGCAGGAAUCCUUUCAUUUCUCAGGAGACUGUAAAUCUUGUAGGAGUGAAAAUACUCAUAGCGUUCUGCUGCGUAGGUGCAAAACACUUUCCCAAAUCCUCAUCAAAUGAAUUUUUCGUCAAUAGCGAGGUCUCAUUCCUCUGGGUCAUGCAACCCGAUCUUGUCACCGGAGAGUCGGCGACUCUUUUGGCGGAAUUUCAGGAGAAGGCGGAGAGGAUUGUUUUCAUCUCGGGUUGGUGCCCGCAGGAGGAAGUUCUGAACCAUCCGGCGUUUGGAGGAUUUUUUACACAUUGCGGUUAG